UAGUGUAGUUGACUGCCGCGGGCCGCUGCCUUCAGUCUGGGUUUCCCUCCGCUAUCGCAGUCAUGUCCCGACCGCUGUCACAGGCCCGGCCCGCCACGGUGCUAGGCGCCAUGGAGAUGGGGCGCCGCAUGGACGUGUCCACCAGCGCGGAGACUGUGCGAGCCUUCCUGGAGCGCGGGCACACGGAGAUAGACACUGCCUUCGUGUACGCUGACGGCCAGUCCGAGAGCGUCCUAGGCGGCUUGGGGCUCGGGCUGGGCGGCAGCGACUGCAGAGCGAAAAUUGCCACCAAGGCCGUUUCAUGGGGUGAGAUGACACUGAAGCCUGACGGUCUCCGGUCCCAGCUGGAGACAUCACUGAAGCGGCUGCAAUGUCCCCGAGUGGACCUCUUCUACCUGCACGUGCCGGACCACGGCACCCCCGUGGAGGAGACGCUGCGUGCCUGCCACCAGCUGCACCAGGAGGGCAAGUUCGUGGAGCUGGGCCUCUCCAACUAUGCCGCCUGGGAGGUGGCUGAGAUCUGUACCCUGUGCAGGAGCAACGGCUGGAUCCUGCCGACCGUGUACCAGGGCAUGUACAACGCCACCACCCGGCAGGUGGAGACCGAGCUCUUCCCCUGCCUCAGGCACUUUGGAUUGAGAUUCUAUGCCUACAACCCUUUGGCUGGGGGCCUGCUGACCGGCAAGUACAAGUACGAGGACAAGGACGGGAAACAGCCGCUGGGCCGCUUCUUUGGGACUCAGUGGGCUGAGACCUACCGGAAUCGCUUCUGGAAGAAGGACCACUUCAAGGCCGUUGCCCUGGUGGAGAAGGCCCUGCAGGCCACCUAUGGCACCAGCGCCCCCAGCAUGACCUCGGCCGCCCUGCGGUGGAUGUACCACCACUCGCAGCUGCAGGGCGCCCAGGGAGACGCAGUCAUCCUGGGCAUGUCCAGCCUGGAGCAGCUGGAGCAGAACCUGGCCGCCACUGAGGAGGGGCCCCUGGAGCCGGCUGUUGUGGACGCCUUCGAUCAAGCCUGGCACCUGGUUGCUCACGAGUGUCCCAACUACUUCCGCUAGGCCUGACCCUGACCUGGUGUGGAGCACCGCCUGUCCUCUGGCCCUGCUACCUGGCCGGUUUUAGCUCCAGUCCAUUCAGCCCUCUCUCCCUCCUCACCACAGUUCGUGAGUCAUUUUUUUUCCUGUUUUCUUGCAAUAUUCCCAGGUGCCUUCCCAGUGAGGGCCCCCUGAGCUCGGCCCCAGCAUCUCCUGAAUAAAGCUGGCACUGGCCUGGCUGGAGCCCAGGCGUGAGGUGAA